CAAAUAAAUCACUGACGCCAUCUGGUCGCCAUAAGCGAUAAAGAUUAAAUGCAAGCUUUCAAUUUUUUUCAUUAUUCCUACAUAAAUGUGGUGAAUUAUUGAAGUGAAAAAUCCAUUCUAUUAUUAAUUUUGAAAAUCAUGAAUUUCGAAUAUCCAAAGCCAGACUUUACGAAAGACGUGUCCACGGACGCCCCUCGUAAUGGACUACCAACCAAACCCAACGGUUUUUACUCAAGGCCAAGACAGUUCCAGGACUGCAGCCCUCUUUUGCGCACUGCUUACUCCCGUAACCCUUAUGAUAAGAACCCCCCGAAUCGCAAUAACUCGCUAAAUAACAAUAAUAGUCAACAUUUUAACAAACCGGUGUACAAUAGACUAGGACAGAGGAAUAAUUCCUACACAAAAACUAAUCCAAGUUGUGAUACGCAAGAUGGUGAGAAAAACAAUUCCCCACGGAAAUAUAGUAACAAGAGGCCAAACGAGGGCUGGUCAGGUUCUGGUGGUCCAAAGCGCAAGUGGACUGACAAAAGGACUCCAUAUUACCAAAAUGUUAAUACUACCAAUAACCUUAACCUGGCCCAGAACAGGAUGGAUAGGAUUAGGAAUAAUAGUCUACAAGAGGACGAAAUUGUGAUCCACAAAAAUGUUGUUCCUGAGACAACAGUGAACCUUAAUGACACUCAAGAUAUUGACGCCACGGACAUUACUGUUGAAGUUUUCAACCCAGGAGCCCAAAUUAGCGACGACAAAUGUAUUGAACGGUUUAAAAUGAUACUGGAUCCAAAGACACAAGCGGCAAUUAAAACGAUUCAACAAAAGAGAAAAGACAAACAGGUCAUUUUUCCGUUUCCUGUUACACCAAAUGUGACUGGCGUUUCUCUCCAUGAGAGGUUCACUAACUUGUAGUUUUUUUUUAUUAGUAAAGUUGAGCGUAACGUUGGUAAUUUACCAGUAUUCAUUUUUUGAGGAUCUGAAAAAAGUGAGUGAACUCUCAGCUGUUUUAUUGUUAAUGGAAUUCAACAUUCAUUUUCAGGAGUUACUUUUAAUGUUUGACCGCUCUUAUUUCAGCGGUUUUAUACCUAAAUAAACGGUUACUUGAUUAGAA